UUGGAAAAGAGGCCGAUGGUCAGACGUAAAUCCCCCGUGCGGUAAUCUGUCCCCCACACUUCUGGCAAGCCGCAGCGACGUUCGGACACGACGCCCUCCCUUCCGACACAACUUUCGGCCGUGCUCGACACUUCUUCUAAUUCCUCACAGUUUCGCAAGGAAGAACGGAUCUAAUGUCCAAGAUGCCGACAGAAAAAGUACCAGAGAAGGCCAAGACUAGCGAGACUCUACGUCGCAAGUCUUCCAAGCCGAUCAUGGAGAAGAGACGACGGGCUAGAAUCAACGACAGCCUGAAUCAGCUCAAGACCCUCAUCUUGGACGCCCUCAAAAAAGACAGUUCUCGCCAUUCUAAGCUGGAGAAGGCCGACAUUCUGGAAAUGACCGUGAAGCACCUGCGUAACCUGCAGAGGCAACAGAUUGCUGAUGCCGUCGUCAGAGACCCGGUGGCCCUGAGCAAGUACCGGGCGGGCUACUCGGAGUGCAUGACGGAGGUGUCCCGCUUCCUUACCACCUCGGACGGCGUGGACAGCCAGGUACAGCAGCGCCUGCUCGGCCACCUCGCCAGCUGCUGCCAGACCGUGGACACCCUCGCGCCCGUCCAGCAGCCCGUACACGUGCAGGUGGCCGCCGCCGCGCCGCCCGUCUCCGUCGCCGGGGCCAUCAGCCUGGCCAGCCCAACGGCUCAGACGUCGCCGCUCCGCGUGCCCGGCCCGGCCGUCCCGACAACAGCGUACGGCGGGAUCCCCGUCGUGCCGGGGCAGAUUCCCAGCGGGGAGCCGGUGGCCGUCCUGCUGCCCAGUCAGGCGUUUCCAGGUGGACAAAUGCCCAGCCACGUCAUUCCUGUGUACGCGAACGCGACAGUGGUCGGCAGCUCUCGUCCCGAGUCUUCCGCACAUGGAGCGACAACAAGCACGUUUGUACAGUCGACAACUGGACCAACAGUAACCCCCGCGCCCGGACUUAUUACCGCGGUACCCAGCCUGAGCCCGGCGGCGCAGCGGUCACCUGUGCCCGCCGCCCAGGCCGCGCCAGUCCCCAGCGACAUGGACAAGAUGUGGAGACCGUGGUGACCACAGCACGAAACAAAAGACUUGUGACUCUAAAGACUAAACAUUCCGUGUGUCUACUAUGAAAAGUUGUGUACAUAUUCUGAAGAUAUUUUUUGCAUUUUCUGUAUAUAUAGCUUGGUCCACUUUGUUGUCAGAGACCCAAUAAUGUCGUCGGACGGUAUGCAUUUUGAUAUUGCGAGAAGAACUAUUGUUUUACUAUUUCUAUUUUGAGAAUUAAAAAAUAGAUUGCUGGAAAAUC